AUGAAUGGAUUAUUACCUUUCGUCACCACUUCACUUCCAGCGAACACUCUCGAAGGCAUCACGUCCAAUUCACAAACAAAUCUUGCAUUUUUAGAAGCGACAGCUGCCGCAGCUGUAGCAAACGAUGCUCUACAAACUUUACUUAGUGGUAGUAGUGAUUCUGGAUCAUUGGCACCACCUUCAACUUCCAGCAUACUCGAUAUAUCACUAAAUUCCAAGGGGAAAUCGUUAAAUGUUGCUUUAAAUGCCAGUAAGCAGGAAGAAGAAAUAGAAAUGAAUCAGACUAGUUGCAUAAGUAAUGGUCGUGUUUCAUCAACUAAGCCAUCUUUUCCACAGUUAUCUAACGAUAAGGUGUCAAUGAAGCGAAAAAUUUUGGCUCUUGAUGAUGAGACAAUUCGUAACGCAUCUCGUGCAAUAACGCGUGAAGAGCGUAUCGAUUUAGAAGAACUGGAAAGUUUUGCUCAAAAAUUCAAGCGCCAACGCAUAAAGUUUGGUUUUACUCAGGGUGAUGUUGGCAUGGCCUUAGGUCGUCGUUAUGGCACUGAUUUCUCGCAAACUACUAUAUCACGCUUUGAAGCCUUAAAUUUGUCUUUCAAAAAUAUGUGUAAAUUAAGACCUCUAUUAAAGGAAUGGCUAGCAGAUGCAGAAGCUGCUAUAGCAAAUGGUGCAUCAGUUAGCGAUCUGCUUGAAAUUAAUCCAAACGAUUCUCAAAGUCAGUGUCUUGAUAACAGUCUUGGAUCGUUAGCAGCCAGUUCCGGAAUUUGUGAGCCCCCUUCUCCCAACGGAUCAGGAAUAAGUGGAUCUGGUAUACCAUUAAGAAAACGCAGAAAGCGAACGAACCUUGAUUUAUCUCAAAGGUCGGCACUGGAUGCAUAUUUCAAUUUAAAUCCGCGACCAGACCAUGAUAAAAUGGCUGAAAUAGCGGAAUUGCUUGAAUUGGAUCGUGAUGUUGUUCGCGUGUGGUUCUGCAAUCGCAGGCAAAAACUUCGUAGAGAAUAG